AUGGCGGCAGUAAGAUUGGUGGCAUUUGUGGUGUUUUUCUCCGUUUUGUGGAUGUUCGUUCUGACCUAUGGAGAAUACCAGCAUCCGUCUUAUCGUGGUCGAGUGGAGCUGAGAGAUCCAGAGAUGAAGAACGGAGAUGCUUCUGUGAUUCUGAAGAACGUCACCAUCAAAGACACUGGAACAUAUUACUGUAUAGAAGUGAGUCGACCAAUUUGCAUACUUGACAGAGGUCGCAUGAUCACCGUCAACCUCACCGUCUCAGACUCAGAACCUGAGGAGGUAACAGCGUGGGCUGGAGAUAACGUCACCCUUCACUGCCAGGGUCCCAGAAAUGCCUCCAUCUCAGUGUUAAAGUGGAUCAGAACUGACCUGGAGUCAGAUCAAUAUGUCUUCGUCAGAGGAAACAGCUCAAAUCAAACCAGCCAGCUCCCAUCUUAUCGUGGUCGAGUGGAGCUGAUGGAUCCAGAGAUAAAGAACGGAGACGCUUCUGUGAUUCUGAAGAACGUCACCGUCAACGACACUGGAACAUACGAGUGUCUGAUCUCAACUGAAGGCAGUGAAGACGGAGGGACAAAGUCUGAGUUCACCCUGAAGGUUACAGCUAAAUACAUCUGGGCCAACCCAGUAUACGAGGAGGAAGAAUACAAGGAUAGAUACAGAGACGCGUUUAUGGUUCACAAAAUAAAACCAGAGUUUAAAAAAUGA